AAACAUCGCAUUUGUUCGAGCAGACUCCCUUACAGUUUAUGUACAAAUACGAAAGCCUGUAGAAGCUGCAUGUUGUAUUCUGUAACAUGAGUAACAUGCACCGUCAGUGUAGAUUUUUAUCAACUUUUUUUGGGACUUCUGGGAACCGAAAAAACUGCUGGUUCUCACCUGCAUCUGCACAAAUACUUGGAAAACUACACUACCACACUGCCGCAUACCGCCGUCUGUCCCGUCCACUGAACGCAGGGAGCGCCAAGAAAGAAGAUUCUCAUUGAUUUUGGGGUAAAAACCGGAUGAAUACGAAGUAAGAAUGUAAGACCAAUGGAAGAGCGUCCAGUAGGAACCAAAACAGAAGAAAAACCCACAUAUUUUACGCAGAAGAGGAUUUAGAAAUCUGGUUAGCCUUUGAGUUACAGAAGAGGGAUGAAGAUCCGCGUAGUCCAAAUCUGGGGUUUCUUGCAAUCCGUCCUUGGCUGGAUCUUCGUGGCCUGCACUAUGGCCAUGGAAGGCUGGAAGAUCAGCGCCAUUGGCGGAAUGGGCGGCUCAUCCAUUAUCAAAGUGGCCUGGUACUGGUCCAAUUUAUGGAGAUCUUGUUUCACAGAUUCAACUGCCGUCUUCAACUGUCGAGAUUUUGGCGUCCUCUGGUCCGUGGAGCUGCACAUCCAGAUAGUGAGAGGUCUGCUCAUGGGGGCGCUGUCUCUGGGCAUGCUCGGGUUUGUGCUCAGUCUGUUGGGCAUGGAGUGCACAUACAUUGGUGGGAAAGAAUUGUCGAAGCAUCGAAAGAUCUACGCAGGCGGAUGCUGCCAUAUCAUCAGUGGUGCACUAUCUGCAGCUGGAUAUGGCGUUUAUGCACAAUAUGUGUCAGUUGAAUACUUUAAUCCAAACUUUACAGGACUAAAGUUUGACCUCGGGACGCCGCUGUUCCUCGGUUGGGUGGGCUCAGCCUUUCACAUGGCUGGAGGCUUUUUCUACCUUUGGUCAGUGUGCAAACCCCUUUGUGGGGGAAAGAAAACGGUAAUAAAAGUUCAAGCAACAGCGGACCCAGAAAAAAACGAGUCCACCAAAGAUCUGUCAUCCGUGUCAGAGAUCACCUCAAAGACCAAGAUGUCCUCCAUCUCCGAGCUGUCGUCCGGAAGCCGCAACUCGGACGUUUCCUCCAUCUCCUCCAAAUCAGAGGGAACGCCCAGAUCAGGACGCACCACCAGUUCUGGACGGUCGACCGCGACGGGGCGGACCUCUCGAACGAGGGGGUCGGAUGAAUCGGCAUCGAGUUCGGGUUCUGAGUCAAGACCGCUAUCCAGUUUGGAGUCUAGGUCCAGACAGUGGUCACGAUCCAGCCUCUCAACGUCGUUGGGGUCAAGAAGCAGCAGUCGAACGGGAUCGUCGCGGGUGGGCAGCUUCAGAAACGAAACUGCACCGUUCGUCAAGAACUCCUACAUUUGAACCUCUGAUGAUUUAAGGACAUACACCCGAUCUUACGUGUACCCACUAUCUUUGGAUUCCUUAAGUGUUAAACAAAUCUCUAGUUUUUGGUUUGAUCUCAAUCAUGGACCUUCAACAAGUACAACUUCAUCAGGGCCUGCUCUGCUUUAGUCAAACCUCUCUCCACAUUUGAGCAACACUGAGCAGCAAACACUCCUCAAGAAGUCAAUGAUGGACACGUUUUUCUCAAGGCAGCUUUGAAAUGAUUCACCGAUUGAAAAGUUUUUGAAAUUUUGAGUCGCAAAAACACAACCUUCAGUUAUUACCAAAGUGUCCCUGUUUUCUAAAAGACUGGUAUAUUUUUUUAAUUAGUAGUACAAUCAGGAGUUUCUUACUUUACCACCCUGAAAGGAUGUGAGGUAGUCUGGCUCAGAUUAUGGGUUUGUUGUUCUGCAUACCACAACCUCGGGCUUUGUGGGGUUUAUCCCGGCGAUAAGUGGCAAUAAAGGAAAAAGUGUUGUCUAACCGCAAUGUACACGUGUGUCUAACAACCUUCACAGAGACUGAUGGGGAUUGAGUUUUUUAAAUAAAACUGUAAAAUAAAAAUAAUAAAUUGCUUAAGAAAAUUUUUGAAAAGUGUUAUUUUUAUGCUGUAAAUUAAAAAAAAAGCAUCUCUAGGUGCAAUUACAGUCCAAAUACUAAAAAUGAUAACACAAUGUUACUUCCUACUGACACAAAAAUUAGCUAAAAUUGUGACGUUAGCUUGGAGCAAUAAAAAAAAAAAGUUGUGUAAAAAGCAAUUUUGUGGCAAAUAAAGUAUAGUGUUGAGAUUUGUUACUGAAUGUGUCUUCCAUGUUGUGAAAUAGUCACUUUUUUGACCGAAAUACGAAAAGUCAAACUGCAUCCACUGCUGCCUAUAAAAUCCUUUAAGUACAAAAAGAAAGGAAGUUCUGUUGAGGUUAUUAAAGCAGUAAUGCAGACACAUUUACAAACUUCAGUCAGUUCAUACGGAUUCUCUAUUCACACCAGGAUCAGAAAUGUGCAUUCAAGGCUCCACUUCCAAGGAAAAGUCCAAGAAAAUGCCUAAAAAUACGUGUUUCUGGCUUCCGAAUUCAAAACUCUUCUGUUCAACCGUUGCUAUGCAAGAUUUUAGGUCAAUUUUCAGGUUCUGCAAAAGAAAAAAAACUAAUAAUAAUAAUACAAAAAGCAUAGCCGUUGAGCACAUGCUCCAGGUCAAACUUUGACCAAUCGGGGACCCGGACUAGUAGUGACAUAUGGGUAGCGUCCUAUUCAAAACUCGGAAACUGUUUGAAAAUUCAAAGUUAUAAUGACAGUUUGAUGGGAUUAUAUGAUACACAUUGUCUUUCAUAAAUCAGAAUAAAGCUGUGAUAGAAAAACCUGGACACCUGGACACACACACCAAGCGCUAGUAUCGGUUAGCGACAAUCCAAUGUGGCACGUUCAAGAACGCACAUCAAUGUAGUAGUGUGUGUAGAAUGAGACAACCAACAAACAAACAAAGUAAGAAAAGUUAAACUGCACUUUUUCCACUGCUGCCUGGUAUUACAUAUUUUGGGGACUAGAAAAUAAAAAGGUCUAUUAGAGUGUUUUUUAGCAGCACAGCAGACACAUUUACUAAAUCAAAUAGUUGUUACUAAGGCAACCAAACCAGCUCUCUGAGACAUGCUUGUAACAGCAAGAUGUUUAGCCCCAACAAACAGCAAUAAACAUAACAGAUGAGUGUGCCUUCACUUUUGGGGGCGGGGCUAUUUCUUGGCGUUAGAAGGACAGUGCUGUCGUCAUUGGGGGUGGGGAGGACUCAUUCAAACACCAGCAUCUGGUUUCCAGCUGGGCGCGGUUGGAUUCCUUUUGCGUCUAGAAAGUUGUGAAUGCUCCAGAGCACAAACUCACCG